AUGGUUGUCACCUCUCUUCAAGCGGGCGCAGCGCAGCCGCCGCCGAUGCUGCUGCAGGUCAUCUUACCCGAUAACAACACAAUCCUCUCCGCCUCGCUCACCUCCAUCUCUGGCUACGCAGCGCGCAGCGAACCUGAUGAGCUCACGUUUCGCCACCUCCUCCAGGCUCUGCUCGCCGAUCCCGCCAAUGCGAACAGCCUGUCGUGCGUUUUUGGUCACUUCUUUCAUGAUGCUCAAGGCCAUACAAGCGCAACUGUGGAAGCUGGACGGCCUGCUCACGGACCAGCCCCAGCGGACACAGAAACUCUGCAGGGCUCCUCACGCGACGGCACGCACUUUCACAUUGAUCGAGCCGGCGUGCGAUGGGGCUUGCAGGCCGUCGUCAUCAGCGAAGCAAACAAAGAAUGGGCCCCUGGAGAAGUGGAGCGGAUUGGGGACGACAUCCUACCACUUUCAGCUCGCAUCACUGAUUUCCUCAACUCGCCCCUCCUGGCAUCCUCUUCAUCUUCCUCAUCGUCCACAGCUACACCUUCCGACGUCUCGCAAGAGCAGUCACACCCGGCGGGAGGCGGCGACGCCGCCUUCUCCGACUUUGUCCUCACUUCCCACCUGCACAAACCGCGUCUGCGCCUGAUCGUACACGCUCCGGGGCUCUGCGUGCGCCUCCGCUUCGCGCAUGUCCCAGAGAUCAGCGAAGGCUGGCAGGGCCGCUGCUGGUAUUUGCCAGCCUCUUCCUCCGAGUGCCACGACCCCAUCGCUGCGAAUGAUGGCACACAGACGCGGCUCAAGCGGUCCGCUUCCACCACUGUCGCUGCGAGUGCCAGGAAACCUGCUGCAGGGGCUGUUGGAAAGGAUUCUUCGCCCGCAGUUAGCAGGGAUCAGGUGAAGCAUGUGAUCGAAGCCGCGUGCGAGGAGCUAGGCAUACGCCGUGUAGUCGUGCAAGGCUCCAAGACCGCACGCGUCGAGUAUGCACUGACCCUGCCGACCAUCGAUGCGGGAACGGUAGACGGAGAGGCAAGUGCGGACAUGCGAUAUGUCAAAGUGCCGACGGGCAUGCCCCCUCCGCCGCCACUACCACCAGAUAAAGACUUGGGAAGCUUGCUCGCCGAGCUGCAUCAGCAGCGCGCGCAGCGUCCACCCCGGCGGGCGCACGCCCUGGCUGCGCUGGAUGACCCGCCCAUUCUGCUAUUCACGCUUAAUGCCACAUGGCUCUCACGCCUCGGCACUGUCGCGCUUGGGUUCGGCAAGCACGCGCGCGCCGCGCGUGGUGGUGCCGAUCCCGAAGCCGCGGCCGGCGCACAGGGCCACCGUGCCGCUGCCGCUGCUGGUGUAGGUGCAAGGGCCAAUGCCACUGCAGCUGUUGGCGUCGGAGGCGGAAUGCGUGCGCUGUGGAGCGCGGCAACUAGCAGCUUAUCGCACACUACUGGCGCGCUAACCGCUGCGGACGUCGUCGCGGGGGAUCAGGAGCUCUCGGCGCUGGGACUCCACGCUGAAUCCGAGCAUGAGGGCGAUGGAGAUGGAGAUGGCGGCACCGGCGCCGACGGUACUGGAGCUGGAGGAACCCUCAAGGCUCAGCAUCGCGGCGCAGCACCUUCAGGCGGCACACUUAACGCCAAAGAGGGCAACACGUUCAUCAGUGCCUCCGCCUCACCUUCCCCCCAAGCAACCAACUUCAACACAAUUCCUAACCACCAAGGACGCGCAAAAGGCUCUGCGGGAAGCACGGGCACGGCAAUGCGCUUGAGCAGAAUGUUCGAAGGCUGGAUUGGCGGCACCGGUGGCAGCAACUCCAUUGCUGGCUUAGCAGCUGAGGGAGACUUGGAGGCGGAACAAGAUGGCGAGCUUGACAGCAAUGUCGGCAACGAAAGCUUUUCGUCCUCUGGCUCCGGCCAUGCUGCACCCGCGGCGGCGGCAGUGAAUGGUGGUGGAAAUGGGCGAGCAGUAGCUACCUCAGGCGCGACCCCGCGCAGAGAGUACAGUAGCACAGUCGGCCGCUCCGGGCGCGUCAUUAGCGUCAGCGGGCCGCUCGAGCUCGAACAGGCCCUGUCGCCUUUCUCAACCCGAUUUAGCAGCAUGGGCAGCCCUACCAUCGGUCCGGCUGGAGGGUCGCCGGUCAUGCCGCCUCACAUCCCGACAGACAGCGUGCUCGGCUCACCUCCCUUCGCACCUUUCGCGCCAGACGACAGCGCCUCCGACCUGGAGCGGCGCUUCGAGGUACUUAUUCAGGACUUGGGAAUUAAGGGCCCGAGUAGGGCUGCAAUGCUCGCGCUGCCGGACGAUCGCAAGUGGUUUCUCAUUCGUCAGAACGAGAGCGCCAGCGCCGAUACUGGUGACAGCAAUGGGAAGCGCCCGGCUCAACGCGCCGGCUCAGGUACUGCACCAGCUCCCGCUACAUCCGAAAACUCUGAAGGCUGGUUCUCCAGACCGCUGAAUCGCUUCAGCAUGGCGAGCAUCACCAGCUGGUCCGGCGCUGACAGCACCGCCGCUGCUGCCGCAACCCCUGCCCUGGCGACUGCCUCACCCAAGCGCCGCGACGGCGCUCUAGUCGACAGUCCGCGCACGACCUCUUCUACACACUUCGGGCUCAGCGACGGGUCGAUGCCAAGCAGCAGGCCGACAACAGUGGUAUCCGACACUGAGCAGGCAUGUUCUGGCGGCGGCGGCGUCGUCGCGCAUAAGACAGGCAUAAGCGUACAACAUACCGGCUCUUCUGCCGGUGCCGCAGCUGCCGCGGUUGCCGCGAGUCUGUGGGCCAACUGGUGGGGAGCGAGCCAGAGCGGUACCAUCUCUGUCGCCUCUGCACCCUCCGUUGCGUCUGCUCUGGCGUCUAACGCCAAAAACUCAACUAUUAAUCCCGCAUCUUCCGGUGUUGCCGGCGCCAAGAGCGCUCCAGCCCGCUAUGCAGCGACGUUACUGGCAGGAAAGGCUUCGCGCAAGGAGCUAGUCAAGCAUUUGAUCAGCUUGCGUGUCACUCUGUCCAGCGCCAAGUUGGUGUGGAUCGCCGAGUUCCUGGAUGCAGACGGUCUGCUCGCGAUCGAAAAGGUGCUGAGCGAAGAGUGCGAGGCGCUCGUCGACGUCUCUUCCCACAGCAAGAGGAAGGAGCGCAAAGACAUGUCCGACGUGGUAAUCUCGGAAUGCGUCAAGUGUCUGCGGACGUUGAUGAACACGGAGCUCGGCUUUGAGCGUGUGCUUGAACGGCCGAAUCUCGUCAACUCGGUUGCGUACAGUCUGCGCUCCCAGUCAUACAAGUUGCGUUCUCAGGUUGCCGAGGUCCUCGCUGCGCUCUGCGUUCUCGGUCUUACGGAAGGACAUAGGCUCGUCUGUGCGGCGUUCUCCGAGCUUCGCGUCGUGACUGGCAGCCAGUAUCGGUUUUCUUACCUCGUCAACUCGCUGCGGUUGUCAAAUGAUGACGGGUCGUCGGACGAUGUGGCUGACUCCCAGAGCGAGACAUCAUUUGAUAAUGAUCAUGCUGGAGAGGGCGACGAGGCCGCGGUGUGGGAGUACCGCGCUUCCGUGAUGGUGCUCAUCAACGCCAUUACCAACAGUCCAGAGGACCUGGAGGAGCGUGUGUCGCUGCGCGAAGAAUUCGCGCGCCGUGACGUGAAUGAGGUCAUGGUCACACUUAAGUACGUCAAUCCGCCCGAGCCUCUGGCUGUUCAGAUCCAGGUCUACCAGGAAGAACGGCAGGAGGACCUCGAGGAGAUGCGUGAGCGAGCCAUGCGCAUUUUCACUGCAGCCAACGAAGAGGGCACCGAUUCGCAGUCGACGACACUUCGUGAGAUCGGCUCGCUGCUGACAUUGCUCGAGAGGGACCAUAUCGAGACAUUUUCAUCGGUGCUCGAGAUUGUGCGCCAAGUCACUAGCGCCAUCCAACGCGACAUCGACUCGCAGCUCAAAUUGGAUGUUCUCUUCGUCAUCGAGCGCUUUGCAGAGAAUGCGACAUCGAUCGACGACUUUGACGAAGGCUGGAAGGCGUUCAUGAAGAGUUUCCUCUUCAGUAUCCAGCAUCUCGUCGGCAAGCAAGCCAUCAUCAAGGCGAAUCGCAUGAGCGACACGAGCUCUGUCCCCAGCUCAUUUGUCGAAGAGCUUGAAGGGUUGCGGGCAAAGGUGGAGGAGCUCAGCGACGAGAAAGCUGAGCUUAAGCAGAAGCUGAACGAGAAGACAGCUGAGAGCAACACUCUUCGUAAUCUGCCCAACUUAACCACUUUCAGGCGCGAGACCGAUGAUGAGAGCCUGAUGGAAGAGUCGGCAGCCCCUGCCGCGAUGCUUUCCAAGCGAAAUGAGAAGGACACGUUCGCUGGCGUCAUCCAGCGCCUCGUGCAAAAGGAAAAACAAGUGCUGGAGUUGCAAGAGGAAGUGGAUCGGCUUUCAACACACAGACCAUCGAAUGACCCUAGCGGCGAGCGGGCUAAGAAGGAGAGGCUCGAGCGAAACAAACAGUGGUCGAAUUUGAUGGAAGAAAUCUCUCGCCACAAGACAACGAUUACAAAUCUAGAGGGCCAAAUGGAAGCGCGCGAUCGCGAGGUCAAGUACCUCAAACGCGCGCUUGAAGCCGUCUACGGGCGUUUUCAGUCAGGGCUCACAAUGGAUGGCAAGACCGCGUUCGAAGAAGAGGAGGGAAAAGAAGGGACCCAGUCCGACUUGGAUGUCAACACCAUGGCUGCCAAGACCAUCCAGGCACUGAGCGACAAGGAUGAUGCCAUUGCAAGUCUCAGAAGUGAGAUGGUGGCGAAGGACAAUGAACUCGCUGCGCUGCGCACAGAUAUUGCACGACUCCAGGAACAAGCACUGAGCUCAGCUGAGCAGCAUCGGCUUGAAGAGGUGGCAUUGCAGACGGACAUUUAUCGGCGGCUCGCUGCGAAAGAUGAAGACAUAAGCCGCCUGAAGGGCGAGCUCGAGAAGUUGCAAGCCUUGCUUUUACGCUUGCAAGUCGGUGGCGAUCUGGCCAGCGCUCCCGCGCAUCGCAUGGCUCCGCGUCCGCCGCCGCAUGCAGCGCCAGAGUCCAAGCCGACAAAUGUGCGUGGUGUGCGUAUUGUGACGGCAGCUGAUUUCAAAAAGUCCACUCCGCCGCCACCUCCCCCGCCGCCAAUACGACGCUCGGGAUCCAGCCACAGUCGUAACGGUAGCCUUCAACCUACCCCGCCAGUGUCCCCCCAUGUCACGGGGACGAGUGCCUCUGCUACGGAAGCUAUGUCAGGCCGACUUCACGCCGUGCAACACACUCUCAAACCGGUUGCGGAAGUCACAUCCAAUGAUUGCGUACCUGACACAACUGCAACAACUUCGAGGAAUGAAGCAGCAUCAGCACAGUCAGAUGCCGUCGAAUCCUUGAAUGCCUCUGAGAUAGGCGAACCUGCGCAGACACAAUAUGUUGCCGCACCACCCCCUCCUCCGCCUCCUCCGCCACCACCUCCACUCGUGGCUAAUGGCCUUUCAUAUGCAUCUGAGCAGGAAGGUGUAUACAUCCCCCCUCCACCGCCACCGCCACCGCCCCCUCCCAUGGCGCUCGAAGCCGCGUCGCAACCAUCGGGAUCACAAGCACCGCCGCCACCGCCACCUCUACCAGCCCCCUUACUUGCCCCAAGGCCGCACAGUGCAAGCACACCUGUGCCGCCGCCUCCACCGCCUCCGCCAGCGCAACUUGGACAACCUGGUAUGGUGACUGCAUUGGGGACAACGCCAUCUCCACUGCCGCCUCCUCCACCGCCUGCGCCUGGCAGGUCAAUGGGAGUACCUGGUGGGCCAAUUGUUCAACCGCCUAUGCCUCCGGGAGUUGUCCCCAAGAAGCGUAGACCUCUGUUUUGGACAAAGGUACAGGGAUCCUCACUUAACCAGACAGUAUGGAGCGAUCUUCCAUCCUCCAUGCCGCAACUACAGAUUGAGGAUCUUGACAAACUGUUCGCGAUUUCUUCCUCAAAACCAGCCGCGCCGGCAGCACAGAAGGUCGCCAAGAAGUCUUUGACAACGCUCAUCGACCAUAACAGAGCGCAUAAUAUUGGUAUCCUGCUUGUUCGGGUCAAAAUGAACUUUUCGCAGAUUCGCCAGGCAUUCCUUGAAGUCAGCGACACUUCGCUCUCCCUCGACAACCUCAAAGCCUUGAAGUCUUGUUUACCAACUUCUGACGAGUUGGAGAUUGUGCGGGACUUCUCCGGUGACGUCAGUACGUUGAGUCGAGCGGAUCAAUACUUCAAACAUAUCCUUGGCAUCCCGCGUCUUGCCGAGCGGCUGGACUGCAUGCUGUACUCCAGGACAUUUGAGCUAGGCAUCGAGGAAAUCAAGCCAGAGCUCAAGAUUCUCCGCGAGGCGAUUGACGAGGUCAAAACAUGUGGAAAGCUCAAGAAAGUUCUGCAGACGGUGCUCAUCAUCGGCAACGUAUUGAAUAACUCGACGUUCCGAGGCGCCGCUGCCGGAUUCCAGUUCAAUGAUGUGCUCAAGCUGCGCGACACAAAGCCAGUCAAUGCCAGUAAGGAAACGCCAACACUGCUCCACUACCUUGUGCGUCAACUCAACCGGAACGACAAGAGUCUAGUCGGAUUCUUGGAUGACUGUGCACACGUUGAAGCGGCCGCUAGGGUCUCAACACAGUCACUGGCAACCUCCAUUAGCACCUUGGUCGCUGGCCACCGCGUUGUCCGCGAUGAGAUCGAGAUCCUAGAGCGCAGCAAGGUAUCUACCGCUGGUGAUCAGUUCUUGCCCGUCAUGAGCAAAUUCCGCGACGAGAGCGCUAGCCAGAUCACGGCAUUGCAAGCCGCGCAGAAGACCAUUUUUGCAGACCUGGACAGGCUUGUUGCUUACUUCGGCGAAGACCCAACGCAAUCGAAGCCAGAAGAUUUCUUCGCCACGCUGGCAAGCUUUGGUCAAGCUUUGAUGCGCGCAGAGGUGGACAUUUUGGAGUCAGACAGACGCGCGGAGAUCGAAGCGAAGCGGAAUGCUCGCAGCAAGGGCUUCUUGCGGCAGAUUUGGGGUCCAGAAGUCAGAGGACCUCUUGCCGCGCUGCAAGAGACGCAGAGUGGCGAGGCUGCGGCCAACGUGCUGACGCCGGAAGUCACACCGUCUCUUGUUCCUGCCUCAGUCGCUGCUGCCUCGGACCAGGAGGCCGAUGAGGCGGCAGACCAAUUCAAUCCCACGGAUGACGUGACACCAACAGGCUCGCGCUUCCGAUCAUUAGGGACCGUUGGAGGAGGCACGCUUGGCCGACGCAACAGACAUGCAGCACGGGAUCCAUCGCUAUCAACUCUCGUGUCUCCCGAUGUUGGCGACGAGGAUGUGCGUCGCAGCUAUGGUCGCGGCCGCGGUCACUUCGACGAGGCCCUCAGGGAACUUCGCAGUGGUGCACGUUCGCGAGAACAGCAGCCCAUCGACUCCGGACGGAAGAGUUUGCGCAGACAAGACACGGUCCGCGAGCGUCGCCCCUUGUCUCGCGUCUUCCUUGAUGGCUCAUAG